AUGUCUUCUUCACUGCAGGCAAGCCCGCAGUUAAAUCCUCCCCAGCUUGCAAGCCAGUUUAUGCAUUCUUCUCCCUCCAAUGGACAGCAAUAUCACCAACCUGGCUCUUCGCUGUCACCAUCACCAUACUCCCAUGGAGGCGACAAUGCAGGCUACAAUGAGACCUCUCCCAGCUCGCAGCGUCUGCACCCGUCUGCUGCGUCGCCAGGCAUGAACAGCUUGCAGCAUCAGUCUCCCUCGCAGGGCUAUGGCUCACCGGUUACGCCCCCAGCCAUCUCAGGUUCUGGCAGUCCGCGAACUCGACCAGGCACCGCAGAGACCUACGGCAGCCCGCCAAUUCCUCCGCCGCGCUCCUCGUCCAACAACAAAGCCCGUACGAGUCCUCAUGAACCCUCGAGGCAGGGCAAGCGUCGAGAAAACGGUCGAAGCCGAGAGCAGGGUGAACAGAGAGCCAAGGACGAUAUGAGCCCUCCCUCCAGCAAACAGCGUCGUAAGACGCCUCAUUCGCCAGAAGGCCCCCAGAGAGCCGCUAGCACACGGGAACCAAGAGAUUAUUCCUCAGCCACCGCGCUCGAGAGUCGAUCUGAAGCUGCCAUGGGCCCCAGCUCGGUACCAAGUGGGCCUGUACAUGAACCGAGUACUAUCAUCGAUCGCAUGGUCGUUACGAAUCCAGAUAUUGAUAUCGCGCGAGAACAGCAGCGCCAGGAGAACAUUGGCCUCGAACCUGGGCCCCCGGCAGACUUUGGUGAUAGCAAUGACAUGCAAGAAGACGACGACGAGGGGACAACCAUCCACAAGAGCAGACAUGAUGGAUCUGGCGGAAAACGAAAAGAGACCUCCUUCGGCGACUACAUCCUCGGCCAGACCCUCGGAGAAGGUGAAUUCGGCAAAGUACGACUCGGCUGGAAACGUGAUGGAAGCGUACAGGUUGCCAUCAAGCUUAUCCGCCGCGAGACCUUGGGCACCAACCCGGGACGUCUUCCUAAGAUCAACCGUGAGAUAUCAGUCCUCAAGAAACUCUCUCACCCCAACAUCGUCCGCAUCCACGAAAUCGUCCACACGGACCGUCACAUCGGCAUCAUCCUUGAAUACGCCUCGGGCGGUGAACUCUUCGACUACAUCCUUAACCACCGCUACCUAAAAGACAAUGCUGCCCGUCGUCUCUUCGCCCAGCUGGUCUCUGGAGUAGGCUACCUGCACAAAAUGGGUAUUGUUCACCGUGAUUUGAAACUAGAGAAUUUGCUUUUAGACCGGAACCGCAAUAUUAUCAUUACCGAUUUUGGGUUUGCGAACACAUUUAACCCCGGCGACGAGCUUAGUGAAGAGAUCGAAUAUAACCUCACCAACCGAGACUUUGUCAAGCAGAUGCGCCUCGAUCGAACAGAUGCCAAUGGCGUGAGACGAGGAGAUCUCAUGCAGACUAGCUGUGGCAGUCCCUGUUAUGCGGCACCAGAGCUUGUCGUGAGCGAUUCGCUCUACACGGGGCGCAAGGUCGAUGUUUGGAGCUGCGGUGUCAUUCUUUACGCCAUGCUCGCUGGGUAUCUUCCAUUCGAUGACGACCCAGCAAAUCCAGACGGAGACAACAUCAAUCUUCUCUACAAAUACAUUGUGACAACCCCUCUCACAUUCCCUGAAUACGUCACCCCUCAUGCUCGAGACCUCCUGCGCCGCAUCCUGGUGCCCGAUCCUCGAAAGCGUGCGGACCUCUUUGAGGUUGCCCGACAUAGCUGGCUGGCUGAAUAUGCUACAGUUGUUUCUCACAUCACCAGCAACACCACCGAUGUAGCAGACAUUGCAAACACAACUGUUCCAUCAGAAGAAGAGAAACAAGAGACGCCAUUGCUUGAGCGUAGUGCAUCUGUCCGAGAACCGCCAAAGGCCCACCCUCAGAACAACAAUACUGCUCUCGGUGGACUUGCUCCGCAUCAGGGACAGAUCUCGCAGGCCGCCGAUGAAAAGCCAAAACGCACUCGCGAUGCCAAACGUAGAACCGUUCAAGUCGAAUAUGUUGCGCCGCAGUCUUCUACCACCAGAGGCGGUUCCAGCCCUGAACAGCAAAUCUCGCCAGGCCGUGCACCUGCUGCUCAAGCUACUCGCACCGCCACGACGGCAACCAACCAGGGAUCCAGAGAUGUUCCCAGAGGUGAACCCCAGCUUGACAAGCCGUUGCCAAAGCCCGUUAUUGAUCGUAGUCGCGAGAAAAUGGGAUAUACCAACAAUUAUGCGGACCGCACUCAAGGUAUGACGAGGCCAAAAUCAAGAGACGUUGCACGGUCUGUAUCAGAAUUAACUGGUGCCUUCUCUGGAACUCAAGGUGCCCAAAUCCCCACAGGAAGACCCCAGACAGGAGGCUCCAUGGCUUCGAUUGGACGAAUGGAGAAUCGGCUGCCAUCCCGAGGAUCUUAUAGCCAGCCCGUUGCACCCGCCAUUGCCGCUACCACCGUUCAAGGAAAACUCGCCCAGCCAAAGAAUGGCAAACCAUACAACAUCUCCGCGCCUAUGCCAGUACCACACGGCCAAAUUGCUGCCUCCGUCGGCCACCCAACUACCCUUUCAGGCGCCCCAACUGGUCCAGCGCAACAGCCACCAAAGAGCCACAAGAGAUCUAGCACUGUUACUAGCAUCAGCGAGAAGCUGUUUGGAAGACCAGCCUCUUCUCUCUUUGGGGGCAAAUCCUCCACGCCUGGAUCUCCUCGCAUGAAACAAGGAAGCAAGCGCUAUCCUCCCACGAGUAUGAAGGAUCCCUACGUAGUGGACGAGCCACGCGCAUCCGUCGACUCUAGGCGUUCAAUCUCGCAUGCGUUUCGGAGGCAAAGUGACGCCCUUAACAGCUCUCGACCUCGCCGAUUCUCCCUCCUACCUUCAUUCUCAAAGGCAUUCUCGUCGACCAAAGAGCAGUCAGCUGUUGAAGAGCCCAGCCCCACUCAUAUUGACGACUUCUUGUUCUCUCAGCAGGGUGGACAGCAGCCACCUCAACGGGAACGACGCCUAUCUACAGCACCUGCAGCUGUACCAGCAAUUGGUCCAGGACAAAUGAGUGACCAAGAGAGCGAGAUACACAGAGACAGACCAUCCGUCUCCAGGGACCACCAGGUCGACGCGAUGAACCUGUCUGCUCAAAUUGAUCGCCAGUUCGCCACCUUACACAGUAGCCAAGAAGGUGGAUUUAAUGAUGCAUUUGAACAGAAUUACCAGCAGACCCAUCCUCAUGACGAUGACGUUUUUGGUCCAGGCUCCAGCUCCCAGCAACCACAACAGCCGCGUGGGUAUUCCGAUCCACGCAUCCAUAGCUAUGAGCAGGAGCUACAGCAUCAACCUCAACAACCACAGCAACAAUACGAUCAUCCGUUUGAAAACGGCUCUCGCCCAUCAAUGCAAGCUGGCCGACCACCGAGGGGUAAUGUUCUCCAGAAAGGUCACCGCAAGUUUGCUGACGCAUAUGACCUUGAGAAAGCUCCCUCGCAUACCUCCGGCAGCUCUGGCGCCGCAAGGAAAGUGAUGGACUUCUUUAGGCGACGUGGAAAAGCCAGAGCCGGCGAGGACCGGUAG